CAACUGCCGGGGUUGAAAUACAAACAACAUUUAGGAAGGUAGUUGCGUUAAUUUUUCAGAACCCAAAGCAAGAUAUAAUUCUUUUACUUCCCCUUUUCUAACUCUUGCAGAUCUCAUCUGAGUACCUCCCUUCUGUCCUCUUUCGUGGAUGAGAAAGAAGCCUGGCUUAUGGUGGGACAGACUUUCCCUGCCCUCAACCAGGUCACAUCCCCAUGUUUCUGUGGCUGCUACUGCUGAUCCUGGCUCCUGGAAGAGAUCAAUCAGGUCAGUUUUCCCUUUUCUCUGUUCCUCCUGGUCUCUGGGCAUUGGUCCUCCCAGCCAGCACUGCCUGUACCCAUAAAUGAGGCCUGUGGUGAUGUGCCAACAUCAGUGGUAUUGCUACUCCGAGGUCACACCUGUUGCAUUAGUGGGAGUAACUCCAAAAGCUUUUCUUCUCCUCAAUCCUCCAUGGUCUACAAACUUCAAAAAUGACAGAGUGACUCUCACAUGCAGAGAUUCCCUUUCUCCAGCCCAAGGAGACAUAUCUUGGUAUCAUGAUGAUCAUUUGUUGGAUAAUAAAUCUGAAGAGAUCCAAAUACACGAGACUGGAUAUUACAAAUGCAAGACUCGAAGAUCCUCUCCCAGUGACCCCGUACAUAUGGAUUUUUUAUCUGACAGACUGAUCAUCCAGGCUCCACACCCUGUCUUUGAAGGAGAUGAUGUUGUUCUGAGAUGCCAGGGGAGAGAAGCAACAAGUGAAACAGUUUUAUACAAAAAUAAAAAAGAAAUUAGGAAGAGUUCUAUACCAAACUUCACACUAAAUUCAGUCUCCAGGGACAAUGGCAAAUAUCAUUGUACUGCUUCUAGGAAAAACCUUUGGGGAACAAAGAGAGACAUUUCAAAACCUCUAACAAUUCAAGUUCAAGAGCUGUUUUCCCCUCCUGUGCUGACAGCCAGACCCUCUCAGCCCAUAGAGGGGAGACCGGUGACUCUGAAAUGUGAGACUUGGCUCCCUCCACAGCGGUCAUACAUUCAGCUUCAAUUCUGCUUCUUCAGAGAAGAGCAGGCCUUGGGAUCAGGCUGGAGCAGCUCCCCAGAGCUCAAUUUACCUACCAUGUGGAGUGAAGACUCAGGGUCUUACUGGUGCCAGGCAGAGACAGUGACUCACCAUGUCAGGAAAAGAAGCUUGAGAUCCCAGAUACAUGUGCAGAGAGUCCCUGUGUCUGAUGUAAAUCUAGAGAUCCGGCCCCCCGAGGGGCAGCUGAUUGAAGGAGAAAAUCUGCUCCUUAUCUGCUCAGUAGCCAAGGGUACAGGGACUGUCACAUUCUCCUGGCACAGAGAGGGCACAGUGAGAAGUUUGGGAACAAAGACCCAGCGUUCCUUGUCGGCAGAGCUGCAGAUACUCACUGUGAAGGAGCAUGAUGCUGGGAGAUACUACUGUGCAGCUGACAACAUUCACGGUCCCAUCCUCAGUAAACUGAUUAAAGUCACACUGAGAAUUCCAGUGUCUCAUCCUGUCUUCACCUUCCACCCUGCUGGGGCCCAGGCUAUGGUGGGAGAUGUGUUAGAGCUUCGCUGUGAGGCCCAAAGAGGCUCUCCCCCGAUCCUGUACUGGUUUUAUCACAAGAAUGUCACCCUGGGGAGCAUCUCGGACCCCUUUGGAGGAGGAGCAUCCUUCAACCUCACUCUGAUGGCAGAGCAUUCUGGGAACUUCUCUUGUGGGGCUGACAAUGGCCUGGGGGUCCAGCGCAGUGAGAUGGUGACACUCAGCGUCACAGGGCCUUCCAGUAACAAAAUAACGCUUAUCACCAAGGGGGUCACUGCAGGACUGCUAAGUAUCCUUGGCCUUGCUGCUACUGCUGCUCUGGUGUGUUACUUCAGGACCCAAAGGAAUUCAGGAGGACUUUCCACCACUGGAACACCUAGUUACAGUCCCAAGGAGUUUAAGGAACCUUCUAGAACCUCCCACACAGACCCCCAAGAACCCACUUACUCUGAACCACCAGACCCAAUGGAACAGCAGCCAGUGUACAGCAAUGUGGAUCUUGGUGAGAGCAACCUGGUUUAUUCCCAGAUCUGCAGCAUCCAAGAUACAAAAGAAAAUUCAGAAAAUUCACCAAAGAAACACUGGGAGGAUAAGGAGCCUGUAGUCAUCUAUUCAGAGUUGAAGAAGGCACAUCUAGAUGAUUCUGCAGGGCUGGCCAUCAAUCAAGACAGGGACCUUGAAGAUGCUGCAGAAAACUAUGAGAAUGUCCCAUGUGCACUGUCAGCCAUAGACCACUAGCUCUGUACCCAUAGUGGCUCACAGAGACCCUGAGAAGCAGCCUGUGUCAUUAUCUCUGUUAUCUCCAGCCAUGCUACCUCUUUCCCUCCAGGGCUCAGCAUCCCAAGAGGCUGGGCUAUAGGGGACAUCAGGCUGGGUGAAAGCUCUGCCAACUUCCUCUGUGCCUGAGUCUGUGUAUUAUCUAGGAA